AUGUCGCUUUUUCAAUACAGUUUGAACGAUGUUGUCACCCUUGUGACAUCAAGGUUGACAGACUUGGCAAUGCCAAUUGUCUACAUGGGCAUUGUACCCGACUUUUUGAUCCGUUUGGGAAUCCGCUACCGUUUGCAGGACACUCUCAUCACCCUACGCGCCAAGGAUGCUGAGGAUGAAAUGGAGGCAAAGAUGAAAACCAUCGAAGCGUUGAAGACAAACCCUACCAUUGCCAUCGCUACUGAUGAGGCUAAUGAUCAGCAUUAUGAAGUCCCCGCCGAGUUCUACGACCUUUGUCUUGGACCAAGAAAGAAGUAUUCGUCUGGCUACUGGCCAAGCCGUAAGACUACCUUCGAAGAGAGUGAGGAAAUCAUGCUCGACAUGUACUGCAAACGUGCAGGCGUUAAAGAUGGAAUGAAGAUUGUAGAUAUUGGAUGUGGAUGGGGAAGUUUGACCCUAUACCUUUGUGAGAAAUUUCCUAACGCCAAGAUUACCAGUAUUUCCAACAGUAAUUCUCAACGUGAAUUCAUUUAUGCCGAUGCCAAGAGACGAGGAUUGAACUGGCAAAACAUCAACAUCGUCACAUGCAACAUUAGUGACGACAAGGGUGCUUUGGAUGUCGUCAAGGAUAAUGAUCUUGCGAUGACUAUUGAGAUGUUUGAACACAUGAAGAACUACUCCAUGCUUUUGAAGAAGGUUUACGGUUUCUUGAAACCCAAAGGAAAGUUGUUUGUCCACAUUUUCACACACAAGGAUUUCACAUACAAUUUUGAGGACGGCUGGAUGGCUGAUAACUUUUUCACGGGUGGAACCAUGCCAAGUGAUGACAUGCUGCUUUACUUUUGCCAAGACUUUUCUAUUAUGAAUCACUGGCGUGUCAAUGGAACGCAUUAUGAGAAGACCUCUAACGGAUGGCUCGACUAUUUGGACAAGAACUGGAAGAAUGGAAAGCUUCAACCUGUGUUGGCAAAGGCCUAUGGGGAAGGAAAAGAGAAAUUUUGGUACAUCAACUGGCGUUUGUUCUUCUUGGCUUGUGCCGAAUUGUGGGGCUACAAGCGAGGACAAGAAUGGAUCGUCUCCCACUAUUUGUUCGAACGCAAGUAG